CCGCCGGAGCCCGAGCCCGAGCCCGAGCGCCGCCAAGCCCAGGCCGCCGCCGCCGAGCGCGCGAGACGCCGAACAGGUGGCCGGACCGCGGGCGCCGCGGGGACAGGCGGGACGGGCCCCGGGGGCGAGGGCGCCGCGCCGGGCAUGUGAGCCGAGCGGCUCCUCCGCGUCGCUGCCCGCGCCCCGCAGCCACGCGCCCGCCGCCCGCCCCCGGCCAGGGCCGCUCGCCGCCGUCAGCGAGGGGCGCGGGCGCGGGCCGGCCCCGGCGGCGGCGGCAUGAAAGUGACCGUGUGCUUCGGGAGGACCCGCGUCGUCGUGCCCUGCGGAGACGGCCGCAUGAAAGUGUCCAGCCUCAUCCAGCAGGCAGUGACCCGCUACCGCAAGGCCAUCGCCAAGGAUCCAAGCUACUGGAUACAGGUGCAUCGCCUGGAACAUGGAGAUGGAGGAAUAUUGGAUCUUGAUGACAUCCUCUGUGACGUAGCAGAUGAUAAAGACAGACUGGUAGCAGUGUUUGAUGAACAAGAUCCACAUCAUGGAGGUGAUGGCACCAGUGCUAGCUCCACAGGCACCCAGAGUCCAGAGAUAUUUGGCAGUGAGCUUGGCUCCAACAAUGUUUCAGCCUUUCAGCCUUAUCAAGCAACAAGUGAAAUUGAGGUCACACCUUCAGUCCUUCGUGCAAAUAUGCCUCUUCAUGUCCGACGAAGCAGUGACCCAGCUUUAACUGGCCUCUCAGCUUCUGUCAGUGACAGUAAUUUUUCCUCUGAAGAGCCUUCACGAAAAAACCCCACACGCUGGUCAACAACUGCUGGCUUCCUUAAGCCAAACACUGCUGGUAGCCCUAAAACCUGUGACAGGAAGAAAGAUGAAAAUUACAGAAGCCUCCCACGAGAUACAAGUCACUGGUCUAACCAAUUUCAGCGAGAUAACGCCCGCUCAUCUCUGAGUGCUAGUCACCCCAUGGUGGACAAAUGGCUGGAGAAGCAAGAACAGGAUGAGGAUGGGAUAGAAGACAACAGUCGUGUUGAACCUGUUGGACAUGCGGACAGUGGUUUGGAGAACAUACCCAACUUUUCUCUGGAUGAUAUGGUAAAGCUCGUACACGUCCCCAACGAUGGAGGGCCUCUGGGAAUCCAUGUAGUGCCUUUCAGUGCUCGAGGCGGCAGAACCCUGGGGUUAUUAGUAAAACGAUUGGAGAAAGGUGGUAAAGCUGAACAAGAAAACCUUUUUCAUGAGAAUGAUUGCAUUGUCAGGAUUAAUGAUGGCGACCUUCGAAACAGAAGAUUUGAACAAGCACAGCAUAUGUUUCGACAGGCCAUGCGAACACCCAUCAUUUGGUUCCAUGUGGUUCCUGCAGCAAAUAAAGAGCAGUAUGAACAACUCUCCCAAAGUGAGAAGAACAAUGACUAUUCAGGCCGCUUCAGCCCUGACAGCCAGUAUAUUGAUAAUAGGAGUGUGAACAGUGCCGGGUUUCAGGCACCGCAGAGAGCACCCCGAUCGACCCACCAGGCGGAGCAGAUGGACUCACACUCACGACUACCUCAGAGUACACAGCCUGUGGGAAAGCCACCGGCAGCUCCAGCUCCAGCACCACAAAGUGUAUUUGGAACAAGUGUAAGCAGUGGUUAUAACACCAAAAAAAUAGGCAAGAGACUGACUAUCCAGCUUAAGAAAGGUACAGAAGGUUUGGGAUUCAGCAUCACUUCCAGAGAUGUAACGAUAGGUGGCUCAGCGCCCAUUUAUGUGAAAAACAUCCUCCCCAGGGGGGCUGCCAUCCAAGAUGGGAGGCUGAAGGCAGGAGACCGCCUGGUGGAGGUAAAUGGAGUAGAUUUAGCAGGCAAAUCCCAAGAGGAAGUUGUUUCCCUGUUGAGAAGCACCAAGAUGGAAGGGACAGUGAGCCUUCUGGUCUUUCGCCAAGAAGAUGCCUUCCACCCACGGGAACUGAAUGCAGAGCCAAGCCGGAUGCAGAUUCCAAAAGAAAUGAAAGCAGACGAAGAGGAUGUUGUUCUCACACCAGAUGGCACCAGGGAAUUUUUGACAUUUGAAGUUCCACUUAAUGAUUCAGGAUCUGCAGGUCUUGGUGUCAGUGUCAAAGGUAACCGGUCAAAAGAGAACCAUGCGGAUUUGGGAAUCUUUGUCAAGUCCAUUAUUAAUGGAGGAGCAGCAUCCAAAGAUGGAAGACUUCGGGUGAAUGAUCAGCUGAUAGCAGUGAAUGGAGAAUCCCUGUUGGGCAAGACAAACCAAGAUGCCAUGGAAACCCUCAGAAGGUCCAUGUCCACUGAAGGGAACAAGCGAGGAAUGAUCCAGCUCAUUGUUGCAAGGCGAAUAAGCAAGUGCAGUGAGCUGAAGUCACUGGGGAGCCCCUUGGCACCUGAGCUGCCCAUUGAAACUGUGUUGGAUGAUAGAGAACGAAGAAUUUCCCAUUCCCUCUACAGUGGGAUUGAGAGGCUCGAUGAAUCCCCCACAAGAAAUGUUGCACUCAGUAGGAUAAUGGGUGAGUCAGGUAAAUACCAGCUGUCCCCCACAGUGAAUAUGCCCCAAGAUGAUACUGUCAUUAUAGAAGAUGACCGGGUGCCAGUGCUUCCUCCUCAUCUCUCUGACCAGUCAUCUUCAAGCUCUCAUGAUGACGUGGGCUUCGUGACAACAGACGCUGGCCCCUGGGCUAAGACUGGAAUCAGUGAUUCAGCAGACUGCUCUUUGAGUCCAGAUGUUGAUCCAGUUCUUGCUUUUCAACGAGAAGGAUUUGGACGCCAGAGUAUGUCAGAAAAACGCACAAAGCAAUUUUCAGAUGCCAGUCAAUUGGAUAUCGUUAAAACACGAAAAUCAAAAAGCAUGGAUUUAGGUAUAGCUGACGAGACUAAACUCAAUACAGUGGAUGACCAGAAAGCAGGUUCCCCCAGCAGAGAUGUGGGGCCUUCCUUGGGUCUGAAGAAGUCAAGCUCAUUAGAAAGUCUGCAGACCGCAGUUGCUGAGGUGACUUUGAAUGGAGAUAUCCCUUUCCAUCGCCCACGACCUCGGAUAAUCAGAGGAAGGGGGUGCAAUGAGAGCUUCAGAGCUGCCAUUGACAAGUCUUACGAUAAACCCACGGUGGAUGAUGAUGAUGAAGGCAUGGAGACAUUGGAAGAAGACACAGAAGAAAGCUCAAGAUCAGGGAGAGAGUCUGUGUCCACAGCCAGUGACCAGCCUUCAUAUUCUCUGGAAAGACAAAUGAAUGGAAACCAAGAAAAAGGAGAUAAGAUUAAUAGGAGAAAGGAUAAAACAGGAAAAGAGAAGAAAAAAGAUAGAGAUAAAGAAAAGGAUAAAAUGAAAGCCAAGAAGGGAAUGCUGAAAGGUCUAGGAGACAUGUUCAGGUUUGGCAAACAUCGAAAAGAUGACAAGAUUGAGAAAACAAGUAAGAUAAAAAUACAGGACUCCCUUACUUCAGAAGAGGAGAGAAUACGAAUGAAGCAGGAGCAGGAGAGGAUUCAAGCCAAAACUCGAGAAUUUAGAGAACGACAAGCUCGGGAACGUGACUAUGCUGAAAUUCAAGAUUUUCAUCGGACGUUUGGCUGUGAUGAUGAGUUGAUGUAUGGGGGAAUUUCUUCUUAUGAGGGUUCCCUGGCUCUCAAUGCCAGACCCCAAAGCCCAAGAGAAGGACAUAUGAUGGAUGCUUUGUAUGCCCAAGUAAAGAAGUCUCGGAAUUCCAAAUCUUCACCUGCAGACAGCAACAGGUCAUCUACUAACAACCAUGAUCGGAUACAGCGUCUACGGCAGGAGUUCCAGCAAGCAAAGCAGGAUGAAGAUGUAGAAGAUCGGCGACGCACUUACAGCUUCGAACAACCCUGGCCCAGCUCCCGCCCUCCAGCGCAGAGCGGCAGGCACUCGGUGUCCGUGGAGGUGCAGAUGCAGCGCCAGCGGCAGGAGGAACGUGAGAGCUUCCAGCAGGCCCAGCGCCAGUACAGCUCUCUGCCUAGGCAAAGCAGGAAAAAUGCCAGCUCUCUCUCCCAGGAUUCCUGGGAGCAGAACUACUCGCCUGGGGAUGGCUUCCAGAGUGCCAAGGAAAGCCUCAGGUACUCCAGCUACCAAGGCUCCAGAAACGGCUACCUGGGCGGGCAUGGCUUCAAUGCCAGGGUGAUGCUGGAGACCCAGGAGCUCCUUCGCCAGGAACAGAGGCGGAAAGAGCAGCAGAUGAAGAAACAGCCUGCUCCCGAGGGACUCAACAGCUAUGACUCAUAUAAGAAAGUCCAGGACCCCAGUUAUACUCCCCCUAAGGGGCCCUUCCGGCAGGAUGUGCCCCCAUCCCCAUCUCAGGUCGCUAGGCUGAGCAGACUCCAGACUCCUGAAAAAGGGAGACCCUUCUAUUCCUGAGCAGAAGAGCGGAUGCUUCAUUCAUGCAAUAAAGGACAUUUUCCUAUGGAGACUUGUAUCUGGGGAGUUUUUUUAAAAACCUCCUUGGUACUAUGGAAUAUUUCUGUUGUUGGUAUCAGUGCCUUUAAGAAGUAUGAGCAAAGAAAUGGAAGGCCUUAAUGUCUUUGCCAGUAUGUCUCAAGUGUAUUUCAUGGAAGGAUUCCCUACUGUCUGACAAUCAUCUGCCUGAAGCAUUUGUCACAGCAUCUCUCAGGAGGACCAGGAAUUCUUGGCCUGACUCAAGAGAUGUUCAUGGAUUUGUGUCACAGCCCCGUACAACUAGUAGUGACAAAUUACCUUGAAGCUGAGGUAAUGUUGUUUUCUUUUCAUUCCCUUUAAAUUUUCUGAGAUGUGAGGCAAGUCUCAGUUUCUGGUGGAUGAAAGUGGGUGACAUACUCCAGAAAUUGGGGCUUUACAGUACCUCAUAGCACAGUCAUUUAUAAUUGGUAUGGUUUUCCCUUUUCAUUCUCUGCUCUUCAUAACAGGAAAGUUCCUUCAUGUUAUUAAGACGUUAAGCCAUAUUCCAUCACUGUCGGGUUUUCAUGGGGCUUCUUUUGUAACUGCUUUAUAACUAAACAUUACCAAUAAAGUGAUCAUCUAUUCUGAGAUUAUGAAUGCUCUUAUUUAGUUGUGUUCCUAACACAUGUGUUGAGUCACCACACUAUGUAGGGAAGGCUGGAGGGACCUCUGGCGGGGUCUGGGCUGCCCAUUGUCCUAUGCAUAUCAUGAUGUGGGAGGUGGUAGCUAAGGAAACAAUUCUCCCAGGAUGAGCUUCUGGUCCAUUAUAUCCAAGUAAUUAUUUUAAUUAGUUUUUGAUUGACAGGUUGGCAGGAAGGGCAUAGAGUGGGACAAAGAUAGGUCAUUCAUUUGGAGAUUCUAAAAACUCAUCUGCUUUUUACCAUUCCCAAGUCGAUAGGAAUUGACAUAUGUCUAAUGCAUCCACAUGCUAUAUGUCUGCUUGGUGAUGCCAUCCAUGUUACUAAAUAAUUCUGCUAUGAAAAAAAAAAGACAAAUUAGGGAAAACCUGUCACACUUCACAAGGAGAAUAUUCUGGUGUCUGCAAACAGUGGUGACAAAAGUGCUUCUCAUGCCAAUAUUUUCACGUACAUGUGGAUCACUGGACUUCAUCUGCUUUCACAUUUUCAUCUUUUUGUCUCAACAUCAUGUAUUGUAAACCAUGGCUGAGUUGCUAAAGUGCCUGCAAAUCCCGAUGUGAAAAGCUUGAGAUGAAAGCUCCACAUCCAUGUGUUAAUGAAAAAGGAAAAACAAAAAAAAGAGACAUGUACUGAUAUGUCUAUUUUUUUUUACUGGCACAUUGUAUUUUGUGUCCACUUGUUUUUAGAAAAUGUGUGUGAAGUGCCCAUAUACGUACCUAUGUCUCUUUUGCAUUUCUGUAAUGUUCUAUUUGUUCAUGAUGUGCAGUGAUGUUCAGUGGUUUUACCAAGGUAAACACAGUGACCUUGAAUGACAGGGCUCUUUCUCACAGCCCGCCCUAAGCUUGAGAAAGAACUUUCUCUGUACAUAUGAAACUUAAAAUAAAAGGCAUAUUUCUUCCUGUU